UUGGGAGUAAAAAGCUUCCAAAGAGGUCUAGAAAGGUUUUAAAAGAAUGAGUCCUUCCCUUUUUAGCACCUUUCUGAUUCCAACUUUCCUUGUGACGUGUUUAAGGCCACAGGAUUAAAUGAAAUUUGGUACAGCUUUCUGAUUCUAACUUUCAUACAUGGCCAAAACUGACUCUAGGGUUCAACUAACUGAUUGUGGAUGACUUGUUAAAUAUGCGUGUGUGUGUGUUUUUCGUUGUUUGUGCCUUUAUGUGUGUAUGUAAUUAACUCGUCAAAUAUAUGACGUGAUAGCAUAAAAGUAAUUCAAGAAUUGACCUGGAUUCAUGAGAGAUCAUUCUCAGCCUGUAUAUAUCCCCUUGCCAGUGUCUUUUUCUAUUUCAACUUUUAGCAUAUACUUGGUUCUCUCACAAAAAUACUUUGAGGUAUAAUUAAGUCUAAAUAAAUGGAAACAUAUAAUUCUAUGGAAAAGUUCUAAUAUAGAUUAUCUAACCUACUGCAAUGAUAAAAAGGUUACUGAUAAGCUGAUUUUAUUUGUUCUUUUCAACCGCUAGGCCAUGGAUAUACAACAUAUAUCACUUCCUUACUAUUGAACCAAAGCCUCGACUCAGCAAAGUUUCUGCAUAUGUAUAUUUUAGGUAAUUUGGAAUGAGAUGACGUAGAAUUGUUUUGAAGGAUGAGCUGAAUCGGUAAAUCUACUCAAAUAAAAGUUCCUGUAUUUUGGCCUACGGUAUCCAAAUCAAGAAUGGAAAGAGGAAGGGGAAGGUGGGUUUCUUCAGUUUCACGUGGGAUGCUACCUUUAUUAGGGCUGCAUACAGUGAUUGAAUAUAGCAGGCUGGAGAGAAAACCACCGGUUACAGCAGCGCUUCUUGCUGCUAAUACAAUUAUAUACUUGAGGCCCACUUUUCUUCAUCCUAUACUUCCUACCAUCAAUCAAGUCUUGUUUAAUCCCCAUCUCAUCCUUAAGUACAAGGACCUGAGGCGAUUCUUCCUAUCAGCAUUCUACCAUUUGAAUGAACCUCACCUAUUCUACAAUAUGCUAUCACUUCUGUGGAAGGGGAUUCAGUUGGAGACAUCAAUGGGAAGCGCAGAAUUUUCAUUGACAGUUGCAACCUUAGUUGCUAUGUCCCAGGGUGUCACAAUAUUGCUUGCGAAAUCAAUCCUGCUGUUGUUUGACUAUGAGAGACCCUACUAUCAGGAAUAUUCUGUGGGGUUUUCUGGUGUCCUCUUUGCUAUGAAAGUUAUUCUCAAUGCACAAUCAGAUGAGUAUACAUAUGUGCAAGGGCUGUUGGUACCGACUCGUUACGCUGCCUGGGCAGAACUUAUUCUCAUACAAAUGUUUGUCCCUGGUGUCUCAUUUCUUGGCCAUCUUGGCGGUAUACUUGCUGGCCUUCUAUUUUUGCGUUUAAAAGCAUUGUAUUCAGGUGCAAAUCCACUGAGGACUAUCGUCAGAGGUCUUAGCCAUGCAUUGAACUGGCCUUUAAGGUUUGUCAAGUUCUUACUUGGGAGCCAACCAAGAAUUGGUGGUAGAGGAAGUGUUGGUGGGAGAGAGACAAGAGAUACAUCUCAAGUGUGGAGAUGCCAAACAUGUACAUUUGAUAAUUCAGGCUGGUUAAGUGUUUGUGAGAUGUGUGGCACAGGUCGCACUGAUGAUGGAGCGUCAUCGUCAUCUCUUAGUUCAACAGAUGAGGUUCAAGAUCUAUCCUUGGAUGAGUUGAGGCGUCGGAGAAUUCAAAGAUUUGGUAGAUGAUAAGGGAUAUUGGCUCAAUAUCUUUCUCUGGAAAUAGUUGCAUUGAAGUAGGAUUGUACAUCCAGACGAUGCCACAAAGAUAUCUUGUUUAAGCAUUGUUUUUAUAGUCAAAAGAAAUUAGUAGUUACCUUACUGUUCGGGUACAUUAGCUGUUAUGUUAAACAUGGACAUUCUUUGCUAACUAGUACAUUUUACUACACUUGCUCAUCAAAA